GGACAAUAUUUGGUCUUCAAAUAAUCUUCAACCAUGUCAUCUUCUUCUUCUUCGAUUCUUGUAAUCCAAAUUCCUACAGCAACAACGGUUUCUGCUGUGAAGCAGAUAUCACUUUUCAAACCUCUUAAUCUGAAUUUUCAAAAAGGCAGAAGCAUCCAACGGCAGCUGAAUCACCAUGCUCCCUGCCACAACUCAGUUAAGCCAUUGCGGUUACGGUGCUCAGCUUCUUCCAGUGGUGGGGACCACCUCCAUGAAGAUGAUGCUAUUGUUCUCCAUGUUCGGGGAAUGAUGUGUGAGGGAUGUGCAUCUAGCGUCAAAAAAAUUCUCGAAACUCAACCACAAGUGUUAUCUGCAACUGUGAAUCUAGCAUCAGAGACAGCACUAGUUUCACCUUUAUUAUCUGAAGAUAAAACUCCACCAAAUUGGCAAAAGCAGUUAGGAGAAACACUUGCAAACCAUUUAACUACAUGUGGUUUUGCAACUACCCUUAGAGGUCAGGAAGAUAGUCGCUAAAAAGUGGUCAUCUAAAGUCAAAGGUUUAAGUAGGUGAUUCUGAGGCCACUUAUGGUGAUUAUUCGACCUGCGCGCUGUAGAAUUUACUGAUGUUCAAUAUCAAGAAAUUUGUGGACUCAUUUAUGUGAAAAUGGUUGGGUUUUGUGUGCACUUUUGCCGUAAAUAGUAUAUGUGUAACCUCCACUGAUUUUGGAUGCUUGAAAAAUUUUACAAAAGGCUAUUCGAAAAAAUUGCAAGCAACUUCAAACCAA